AGGCAUCCUAUCGUGAAGGUGAAAAUUAUAACUGGUGACAUCGCCCCCACAGACACAUAUAUACUCGGCCCUGGCCACCACAGACCAAAUCCGUCACAGGACCAUUUGGCGACCAAUACGUGACACCAUGUGGUCCCCCAUAUUGAUUGUAAUGGCGAUCUUGUUGAUGUUUGGAGUCGAUGCUGCACCUCAGCCCACAGCCGUCACACAAUGUGCUCCAAUGGACGUCGUGUUCCUGCUGGAUAGCUCUAAGAGUGUUAGGGGCCAAGACUUUGACAAACAGCUUAAGUUCGCCAAUGAUAUAGUUGACCGACUAGAUGUUGGGCCGGGACCGAACCAGACCAGGGUCGGUGUCAUCAGUAUUGGUUACACGUACCUGCUUCAGUUCUACCUGCAGACACACAAAACCAGGGAGGAUGUCAAAACGGCUAUUAGUCAUAUCCGACAUCGCUUCUCGUACGAAACCAACACAGGUGCCUCCAUCCGAUUCAUGACACGGUACAUGUUCCGACCAUUCUUUGGCGGCCGACCAGGUGCAACACGAGUCGCCAUUGUCAUAACGGACGGACUGUCCCAGGAUCAAAAGAGUACCAGGUUCGAGGCUCUCCUCGCUAGGAAAAAGGGCAUCAAGAUGUUUGCCAUCGGUGUCGGACUGAAGAAAGAAAGCGAACUUCUCAGCAUUGGUAACUGGCCUACUGACGACUAUGUGUUCAAGGUGGACAGCUUUGAUGCUCUUCCUUCUGUUAUAUUCAAUUUGCCAAAGUCCUCUUGUGAAGUGGCUGCCAUGACAACACAACGUCCAGUACCAACAAAACGAUUCACACUCGCGCCGCUCAUCUUCAACACGUUAAAAUUUGUGCCACCAAAGACACGUGCCCCCAUGACUCCUGCGCUGUCAUCAGACAAACAGACAUACAGAAAUUCUUUAUUUCCUGUUGUUAGAGAUUACAAAUUACGCGGUCAAUAUUUAUCCAAAACAACUACAAAUCCACAAUCUACAAUAGCACCAACAAACCGUGGCCCAUAUCCAGCUGGGUCGACCACAAACCCACCAUCUACACCAGCACCAACAACUCGUGGUUCAGAUUUAACCAAUUCAACCACAAACCCGCCAUCUACACCAGCACCGACAACUCAUGGUUUAGAUUUAACCGAUUCAACCACAAACCCGCCAUCUACACCAGCACCGACAACUCGUGGUUCAGAUUUAACCGAUUCAACCACAAACCCGCCAUCUACACCAUCACCGACAAGUCAUGGUUCAGAUUUAACCGAUUCAACCACAAACCUACCAUCUACACCAGCACCGACAACUCGUGGUUCAGAUUUAACCGAUUCAACCACAAACCCGCCAUCAACACCAGCACCGACAACUCAUGGUUCAGAUUUAACCGAUUCAACCACGAACCCGCCAUCUACACCAGCACCGACAACUCGUGGUUCAAAUUUAACCGAUUCAACCACUAACCCGCCAUCUACACCAGCACCGACAACUCGUAGCGCGUCUUCAUCCGAUUCAACAACAGUUUUUUCUUCAACAAAAUCACCCUCAACCAGUGAUUCGUCCACCAAAUCUUCACAUCAACCACAAGAACCUGUUUCAGACGCACCAUUUUCAGUUGAGCAAGCCCCUGAGGAUUUAUUUGGUAUGUCAGAAUUUAACGAACCAGUAGAGAUCAGCAACGCUCCGACAAAGACGGUGUCUGAGACAAGAGUAAUAAACUACCGGCCUUUUAAGAAGCAAAUUAAGAAACAUUUCAAGAAAAAGCGAAAGGGCAAUGAUGUAUCCAACGUGAUCACUAACAACAAAUACAGACGUGGCCCGGCUCCACGUCAACAAAUGGCUGAACUUCAGUACGACGACACGAUGGAAAACGACAGGAGGAUUUGGUCAAUGAUGAUGGGGUCUCCCUCAGCACUGGACAAUCUCUCCAACAAGCUGUCUCGUGACGUAGCUAUUGCAGACGAGCCGAAACAAUACUGUGGCGGUAAGAAUGCUGACGUGUUCUUUGCCCUUGAUUCCUCAAAUAGCAUCUGGCCAGAGGACUUCAAGAAACAGCUUCAGUUCGUCACCGAUCUCGUUGACACGUUUGACUUCAGGAAUAACAAAACCAGGGUCGGCAUCAUAGUAUAUAGUACAGACAUUCACAUGAAGGUGGCGCUGCAGUCGGGCUGGACAAAGGAGCAGAUCAAGCGACAGAUUAGUAAUAUAGAAUAUGUAAGCGGACUGACCAAUACUUCAGAUGCCAUACGAUUCAUCCGCUCUUAUGGUUUUACUGAGGCAAAUGAAAGGGAAGACACUAUUAAAAUAGCGAUCAUUCUGACUGACGGAAUUUCACGUGACCCCUUAGCAACAAAGCGCGAGUCCGUACUGAGUAGAGAAGAAGGCAUCAAGCUGUUUGCUAUAGGAAUCGGUAAAGACAUCCAAAGGACAGAACUAAAGCGCAUUGCAAACGAUCCAGACGACAAGUAUGUGUUUAACGUCAGCAGCUUUGAUGCACUAGCCUCAAUCAGGAGUAUCGUAGCUGUCAGUGCGUGUGGGGUAGUUCCGGAUCAACCGAGCAAUCUUUUAUACUGCGGUGCCGAUUCCUUAGCUGACGUCAUAUUUGUUUACGACGCUGCUGGCCUUGGUGCCCGCAAGGCACGCUUGCUUACGUCAUUUGUACACGACGUCAAGCGGGGUCUGCAAACCGCCCCGGACGGGUUGAGGAUAGGCCGCAGAUCUGACAACUGUCCCUCCAACAGUAACAUUGACCUGACAACUGACACCAACCUUCGAGCAUUCAAUAGCAUCCAAUUCCCUGGAAUUGAAACGUUACUCGGUCAACUUCGAAUGGUAUUCCCAAAUAGAUUAGAUGCCAAGAACUUAGCCGUUGUAUUUGUAGACGAAAGUACGCAAAACAUUGAGUUGGCAACCAGGGUUUUGAAAGGAGAUGUAAACUUCCAUGUCAUGGUGGUUGCCAUAGGUGACCUGUCGUUAGCCAGACUGGCCAGUGACCUUGCCUCCUUGCCCCACAAUGACUACUUGAUGAACGUUCCCUCGUAUAUGUCACUUGGUGCUUACCGAUACGAGUUCCUCCAGAAGCUCUGCUAUCUCAUCACAAACGAGCCAAUGUAUUUACGAGAUGCUAGAGUCAGGGAAACGCGUAACCUGACCGGGCAGAGUAACUCCAGGAAUGCGUCCUUGUAUGAGAACAACUCCCUGUACGUCGGUACCCGGAUGAAGGUGUUGUGUGACAGAUCCGAGAGGAACGUCAAGAUUGUACUCGUUACUGAAGGUGACCACUCCAACUCGGGUCUUGUCCUGCGAGAUGUCAAACCGGGAAACCAUUCAUUUAUUUUAUCACUGGUUUCUGUGGCUGUCGCUGCACCAGUGUUUACAGAGGAACCGACUGACGUUGUAAAAUUUUGUCACGGGAAGCCUGCCGACAUUUUCUUCCUGCUGGACAGUUCCUCGAGUAUAUGGAUAGUAAACUACCGUAAACAGCUCCAGUUCCUACAAGACAUCGUCGCCACCUUUCCCAUCUCCCGGACGGGCACCAGGAUCGGAGUCGGUAUCUUUUCGCACCUGUACAAGACGGAAAUUUCCUUCAAUGAUUUUGAUAACGUGGAAGAUCUCCAGAAUAGAAUAAAGAAGAUUCCUCACAUCAUGGGAACUACUCACACUGGGCGAGCUCUAGGGCAUGUUCGCAAAGAGUUUGCAAGGGAGGCGAGGCCGGGCGUAGCACACAUUGCUGUAGUCUUAACCGACGGGGUUUCAAGGAACAAGCGCUCGACAAUAAAGCAGGCACAGCUCUUGAAGGACCAGGGGGUUAACGUGUUUGCCAUAGGGAUCGGUAAGGGGCCCAACAUGAAUGAACUGGAAGCCAUCGGCAGUGAACCUAGCAAUGAGUUCGUCUACAAGAUCGCUGGUUUCAACGUCCUGAACUUCAUCAAGGACAAACUGGCCUUGAAAGUCUGCAGAGUUCCCAAAUAUCAAGCGUAUUGUAGCGCGGAAAUGGAAACCGAUGUGAUGUUCGCCUUUGACUCUGCCUCCAUGGGAACAAAGAACGUGCGACAUGCGCAGAACUUCAUUAGUGACGUUGUCGGGAAAUUCGGAAACAUGGCUGAAGGAAUGAUCAGGGCAGGAAUGUUGUCUGGAUUUUGUGAAAGCAAUCGAAUUAAUCUUAACCAGUAUGACAAUAAGGAGACGAUUUCCAGCGCUGUCCGAAACACCGAGGUCAGAGGUCUAGACUACAUCGUAGAGGAACUCCAUCGCCAUAGCUACAACGUCUCCAGAGGAGGACGGGAAAACUCGAGGAAAAUGUCUGUUAUUUUUGUGGACGAAACUGUCGAGAAAUUUGACCAGAUUAUUGUUCAGUCGGAGAUUGCAAAAGCCAAAGGUAUCAAGGUGUAUGUUGUUGGUGUGGGUGACGUGGACGAGGCAAUCCUGAGUACUAUCUGUUCCAGUCCCCCUGAGAACCACAUGGUGCGUGCAUCGUCCUACGACGCUCUGGAUUCAAUAGCAGAGGAAUACUCCGAACUGUUUUGUCAAGAAAUGUCCGUUUUACCUGACUAUGAAUAGACCGAGGAAAACGAACGCCAAGGAGAGUAAGAAACUCAUCUAAUCGAACUGACCUCAGUCAUAAGGACUUCACCACUGGACGUUACGGUACAAUGAAAAUUUUACAUCAGCUAUUUCUAUUCCAUCACUGAGCUUGGGAAAACAGUGCUGUGUACUGCACUAUUAGGAACAUCAGUGUUUUAUUUGUGCAAGGAAAUCUGCGCCAUACUUUGUUAGACGACGGAUGAUUAUCUAUCCUGAUAUAAAACCAACACUCACUUUAAUUUAGUCAGUGAACAUCAACCAUCGUGCUAUCUUAUAUGAAUUUUAUAAAAAUUCUGAAAUGAUUUAUAUUGAAGUAUAAAGUAUUUACACUGAUACAGCGUAUCAGCCAUAUAACGGACUGGAGACGGACACUAGACAAAAAUACCUGAAAGGUAUGAUCAUUGAAUGAAUGUCGUAUUAAUCAUUCAUAAUGUAAAAAAAAACAGAUAUUUGAAACACAAUGCCUAUCUGAUAUAUCAUUUGUCAGGCAUUUAAUGCGGAGACGUAUAAUUUAUUUCCACAAUUUUAUUUUACAACCAAUGCAACAGAUAUUAUUUUAUUGUUGAAAAAUUAUACUUUUUUGUACAUUAACUUGUUAAAAUAUACACUUGUUAUUU